AUGCUCCGCAGAGAAAAGUCAGCUGUCGAGCAUCGUUCCCCAUCCCCUGGGCCCGAGGCCUCGUCCGAGCAACGUCUCGCCAACAUACUCUCGUCCAACCAAACUCUCCCCGUGACCAUAUCCUCCGUACAGAUCCAUGGCGCCAAAAAUACAAGAAAGGACUUUCUCGACCCCAUCUUCGAGCCGAUUGUGACCGGCAGCCGCCAGGCCGAUUUCACCAUGGCCACAAUGCUCGAGCAAGUCGGCGAAGCUGUCCAGAAGCUGCAAAAGUUUGACAUAUUCCAUCCCAACAUCAUGGUGCACCUGUCACAACCCUCCCAAGUCGACCCAUCAACCACGCCUACUGAUCUCGAGGUCUCGCUGGCCGUCCGCGAGAAGUCACGCUUCCUCCUCAAGACAGGAACCGAUCUCGGAAACACCGAAGGCUCGGCCUACGGUUCAUUGCUGUGGCGAAACAUCCUUGGUGGCGCGGAGACGCUGACUCUCAACGCGGCCGCCGGCACCAGAACUCGGUCGGCCUACAGCGCGGAGCUGGCGGCACCGGUGCAGAGCAACCCCAACAUGCGAAUCAGCCUGGAGGGACUAGCUAGCGCUACACAAAAACCAUGGGCCAGCCACGAAGAAGUGUUGAAAGGUGCCGGCAUCAAGCUCAACUGGCUGAGCCCGCUGGGCGACCAGCACCAGGUCGGCUUUGCAGGCUCGUGGAGGCAGCUUACUGGACUCAGUGCCAAUGCAAGCCCCAGCGUGCGUGCUGAUGCCGGAGAUUCCGUCAAGAACGCCCUCUCGUACAUUUUCACGAGAGAUCGCAGGGGCAACGCCAUGCUUCCUCAAAGUGGAUAUUUGGUCAAGACUGUAUCAGAACUCGCCGGCUGGGGUCCUCUUGGUGGUGACGUUGCCUUCUCCAAGAGUGAGGUCGAGCUUGGUGGUGCCGUGCCUGUGCCGAUCCCGGGGGUAAAGGGGUUCUCUGGCGUUUCUAUUGGAGCCGGGUUCAAGGCUGGCAUGCUGUACCCUCUGCCACUUUCCUACGGUCUGAACGGCGCACUUCCCAGUCGUAUCAAUGACCGCUUCGCACUGGGCGGACCAACAGACGUGCGUGGAUUCUCUCUUGGCGGCCUCGGACCCCGAGACGGAGGCGAUGCGCUCGGUGGCGACGUCUAUGCCGCUGGAAGCGUCAACAUGCUGGUACCACUGCCACGUGUCGGCGCAGACUCUCCUUUCCGGAUACAACUGUUUGCGAACGGUGGGCGCUCGGUCGCUCUCAAGUCCAAAUCCAAGUCGUCCAAGGAUUCUGGCUCGUCACAGGUCAUGAGCGCCUCGACCGUCUCCAAGGGCAUCACCAAUGCGACAAAGGACAUAAUGACGGGUCUCCCUACCUUGGCCGCCGGUGUCGGCCUCGUGUAUGCACACCCUGUGGCCCGGUUUGAGCUCAACUUCAGUCUACCGCUUGUUCUGAGGAGAGGCGAGGAAGGCCGCAAGGGACUGCAGGUUGGCGUCGGCAUCAACUUCUUGUAG